AUGUGCACUUGGCAGACAGCAAUUCAACAUGAUUUUCAAGGCUCCAAAUCUGAUAUCCUCAUUGGUGAAUUUGUAUCCACCGUAAUUCCUUAUAAGGUUUUAUUCAACUUUACAGCACAGUCACCACGCUCAGCUUCUACCACAAAAGUACAGGUAAUCCCUAAACACUAUCAGCACAUCAUUGCCUUUGUAUUUGCCAUUCAUGAAAUCAACAGAAAUGAUCACUUGCUCCCCAACAUUACUCUGGGCUCAAACGUACAGGAGAAUGCUUUCAAUCCAGAAAGAGUGGUUUGGAGUUUCUUUCAUCUACUCUUCACAGGAGAAGGGAAUCCCCUCAAUUAUAACUGUGCCAGGGAGAAGAAGCUCAUGGGCAUCAUUGGUGAUCUGACCUCACAGAACUCCAUCCAGUUGGCCAACAUCUUGAAUACUUACAAGUUUCCACAGCUUCGCCCAUUUCUGAGAAAUGUCCGCUUUAAUAAUAGUGCUGGGGAAGAAAUAUUUUUUGAUGAGAAUGGGGAUGUAGCAGCUGGAUAUGAUAUUGUCAACUGGGUCAUGUUCCACAAUAAAUCCUUCCGCAGACUCCUAGUUGGAAGGAUGGACCCGAAGCAUCCUGGAGGAAAAAGGUUCAUAAUCAACAGAAGAAACAUUGUGUGGAAUCAGAAGUUUAAUCAGAAGACCCCUCGUGCCAAAUGUGUUGAAAGCUGCCACCCUGGAUACAGCAGAAUCGUUCAGCAGGGGCAACAAGUGUGUUGCUAUGGUUGCGCUCAGUGUCCUGAAGGAAGGAUUUCUGUUCAUAUUGAUGCGGACCAAUGUGAGAAGUGCCCAGAAGAUCAAUAUCCAAAUGAGGAAAAGAAUCAAUGCAUUCCCAGAACGGUCACCUUCUUAUCCUAUGGAGAACCUUUGGGGGCAGUUUUGGCAUCCUUUGCCCUUUUCUUUUCCAUUAUCACGGUUGUGGUGAUGGGCACCUUCAUUCAGCACCACAACACACCCAUUGUCAAAGCCAACAACUGGAGCAUCACAUGUAUCCUGCUCUGCUCUGUGCUUCUUUCCUUUCUGUGCUCCUUCCUCUUCAUUGGCCAACCUCAGAAAGUGACCUGCCUUCUCCGGCAAACAGUUUUUGGAACCAUAUUUUCCAUUGCAGUUUCUUGUGUGUUGGGCAAGACCAUCACUGUCGUUCUAGCCUUCAUUGCUACUAAGCCUGGAAACAAGAUGAGGAAAUGGGUCGGGAAGAGACUGGCAAUGUCCGUCAUCAUUCUCUGCUCCCUUAUUCAAAUUGGUAUCUGUGUUGUAUGGCUGGUAACGUCUCCUCCGUUCCCUGAGUUGGACACACACUCCCAGAUGGGACAAAUAAUAGUUCAAUGCAACGAAGGCUCAGAUUUGAUGUUCUACAUUGUCCUGAGCUACCUGGGUCUUUUGGCCAUCAUCAGCUUCACUGUGGCUUACUUGGCCAGGAAGUUACCUGAUGCUUUCAAUGAAGCCAAGUUGAUUACCUUCAGCAUGUUGGUCUUCUGCAGUGUUUGGGUGUCUUUUGUUCCAUCCUACCUGAGCACCAAAGGGAAGUACAUGGUGGCUGUGGAGAUCUUCUCCAUUUUAGUCUCUAGUUCUGGUUUAUUAGGUUGUAUCUUCCUUCCCAAGUGCUAUAUUAUUUUAAUGAGACCUGAUCUAAACACCAGAGAACAGAUCACAAAGAGAAAAAAAGAUGAUGCUUAA